ACGCAGGACGGAAAAUACAACAAGUGAGUGAACUGUUGCUCUGCAAAUUAAGUCGCUCUGCAGCGGGAUUUCUGAAGGGCGAAAGUCUGUAAAAGUAACUCGUCAGAAUGUGUGAUUUCAUUUGAAAGAGCGCUACGCGACUUUGAAUUGUAGCCAAUCAUUAAUACUCUUUUUUUUAUUUUUUUAUUUUAUUGACUCCGUGUCUGCUCAGAUUGCCUGUGAGCGCUGCUUGCGAGUAUUUUGGACGGUGCGCUCCGGCCACCAUGCAGGAGUCCUGGAUGAGAUGCUGCAAGUUUAAAUAUUAGUGUGAGUUUGAGUUUGUAGCGCAGCGCAACUUCACCCGAUGCGACAGUGAAAGCGCUCAGUCUCGGAAGGAUUUCGUUCCGGUGUCCUGGGCCAGUUUUCCUGCGGCGUUUCCAUCUGAACCCGCACCAUGAAAAAACACUGAGAACCGCGUAGAAAGAAAGAACUAGAUUCAGUGGUUUCCACAUUCAAUGCAAUUUGGCCUGCCCCUUUUCUCAGCAUUUGCCCUUUUAUGACCUGUAACCAAUUUGUAGCUACUUUGAAUGGAGGAGUAGACUGCUGAGAUAAAUCUAAUCCAGGCUCCUACAACAAAAAACAGAGCAGAGAUUUAGCAGUUUACUCGUUCUUCUCUUCUCAUUCCUCGACAGAAAAGUAAAGCGCCCUUCCCCAUAUGUGGUGGGUGAGAUGAGCUCCAGUGGGAAUACUGUAGACCCCACCUGACAGCCCUCUGCCUGAUCAACUGAAAGCUUCUCAUCAGAGCCUCCACGAGAGCUGGAUAAAACAAAGGUUGCCUAAAAUCAACAUCUCAACGGUGAUGCUCAUUUUUGAAAAAAUAUUUCUAUAUAUUUAUGUUAUGUUUGUCUCGCAAAAUAAUAUAUUAUCUUUAGAUAGGUUGACAGCCCUUUGACAUUGUGAACCAGAAGAAACUGAAUAAAAAGGAUACAAAACAAAUGUUCUGAAUACCAAGAAAUGGAAAAACCUAUUUGUCAUUCUCCCCCCUGAUUUUCUCCCGUCUGAGACUUGCCUGUCCCACACCUAGAAGAGUCCCCUGUAUCUCUGCCCCGCACAAUCACACAUUUCUCUCCUCCACCUUCUCAAUCCAGUAGUUACUCUCUUCAGCCUUCAGCCUGGCCGGCACAACCAUUCCAGCGAAGGGGGAGGAGGACUUCCUCACGCUGGCCGCCUCCCGACUCAGCCGCAAGAAACGUGUCAUCGGGGCUGGAGUCGGCGUGGCCAUGGUCUUGAUCCUGCUGGUGGCCAUUCCCCUAUUGGUCCACACCACCAAGGGGGGAGGGUCUGGAGGAGGGGGCACGCACUUCGAGAUGCUUGGGAGCUGCAAGAUGGUGUGUGACACUUUCACCCCCCCACAGGGAGAGCUGACAGCCGUCUCCCCUCAGCCCCCAGACUUCUCAAACCGCAGGGGUAAACAGGGGUUCAGAGGGACCCCUGGACUUCCUGGUCCUCCAGGUCCUAAAGGGCCCCCCGGAGAGCCCGGCAAGCCCGGCCCACCUGGUCCACCUGGACCUGGACCCGGAGGCUACGGCCCAUCCUUCUACAGUCCCAAAAUCGCCUUCUACGCAGGCCUCCGGAAACAACACGAAGGGAGUGAAAUACUCAAGUUUGAUGAUGUUGUGACCAACGUAGGGAACUACUACGAACCCAGCACCGGCAAGUUCACUUGCCCUCUGCCUGGCAUCUACUACUUCACCUACCACGUCCUGAUGAGAGGAGGUGACGGGACGAGCAUGUGGGCUGACCUGAAGAAGAACGGACUGGUGAGGGCCAGUGCAAUCGCUCAAGAUGCAGAUCAGAACUACGACUAUGCCUCCAACAGUGUCAUCCUGCACCUGGAUGUCGGGGACGAAGUGUGCAUACAGCUCGACGGGGGGAAAGUCCACGGCGGAAACACCAACAAAUACAGCACCUUCUCUGGCUUCCUCAUAUACCCUGACUGACAGUAUACUCACAUUUAUAUAUUCUCUCUCUGUAAUCAAGCAAAAAGUUUCCUCUCCUUUCUUCAUCUAACACCACCAUGCCUCCUUAAUGUCAUUUGUCAUUUCAAUACCGUUCAGUACACAAACAUGUAAUUACACGAUCACAGUUAACAAAUAGAGAAAUUGUGUAAAAAUGAAUAAAGUAUUGUAAAUAUUACCAGUUAACAUUUACUUCUGACACACUAGUGUAAUCAUUAUUCUGUGCCAUGUACAAUGUGUGUAAGCGUGACAAAAAAAACAUGCAUACAUUGGCUCCACACAAAGGCGAGCUCACAUGAAUUGAACUUCUCCUAUCAGUUGUUACACUGACACAAGAUGACCAUUUCAGCCACCGGUCUGAAAUCGACUGAAAUGAUCUCUGAAUGUAGACUGUAAAUCAAAGUGUGUGUACUUGGCUACAGCCUCUCGCCUUCACUGUGAGAUGGAUUUCCAAAUGAGAAAAGUCAUGAAUAUAUUGAUCGUAGCUGAUAAUACAGCCAACACCAUCAACAUAAAGCGUGUUGUAUGUUUGUGUUGAUGGCCGUGUGCGAGCGUACGUGUGUGUUUACCCUUCUGCUUGUGUUAAAGCAUGAAAGCAUCACGUUGCUGUUAGUUUCACUUGCACAUUCUGCAGCUCCUGUUAAGGGAGGGGGUGUCAAGUUGUUGGUAACAGUCCCUUAACACACACGGUAUAUCGAUACUGAGGUUUAGCUUUGAGAUUUUCCCUGAGCCAGAGCUCACGGCAGAGCCUCAUCAUGUCCCGCUAAUGAGCUGAGGCUUCCUCUGCAGCCUGUUCAGUCAGUCUAACAUCUGGCAUCCAUAGUUUGCUGGACACGCUUGUUUGCUUUUUUGCAGAGAGUUGGAUGAGAAAAUUGAAAUUCUCUGAUAUCCGUCUGUUCCCUAUAACGUUACGGCCAACAGCUGCUUAGCUUAUAGCAUAAGGGCAGGGCAGGGUUAUACCAGAAAAGGAGUUGUACGGUGUGUUGUCCGACCACACUGGAAAUUAAAAGUGUUUAUAUCAAUCAACAGAAUGGUCACACUGGAAGGCCGAGUGUGUGUGUGUGACGAUACGGAGAGGUGACUGUUCGUUCUAAACAACAAUGGCGGCUCCUGAACUGGUUAGCGUAGAUGCUGCAAUAGCAUCAGAUUUAUCAAAACUGGAGAGUAUUUCUUCAUUGAAAGAAGAGCAAAGAAUGGCUUUGGCGGCCUUUCUCGAGUUUCUCGUUUUCGCUCUUCUGCCAACUCGCUUUGAAAAGAGUUUGAUUGACAGAUGGUUGGUCCAAUCACCUGCCACGUAUUUUUUUGAAGGUGCCUGCCCUUUUUUUUUUUACAGUUUCCAACAAUGGCUUCUCAGAUGGUUCUGUGUAAAAAAACAUAUAGCGGGUCGAAUAUGUUGUCGUAUGGACAGAGCAAGGCUACAGCAGGUGUAUCCCCGUUUCCAGUCUUUGUGCUAAGCUAAGCUAACUGGCUGCUGGCUGGAGCUUCAUAUUCAAUGAACAGAUAAGAGAGUGGUAUUGAUUUUUUUUUUUUAUCUAACUCUCUGCGUGACAACAAAUAAGCGUAUCUCACAAAGUGUCAAACUUUUCCUUUCAUUUUACUGUGAAUAUACCCGUGUGAAGAUGUUUUUCAAAUGCAGGUGACUGUUGUUGUAGGUUUUCUGUGCCUUACACUAUCUUUUUCAUUUUUAUGCAUGAGGUACUUGUUGAAUCCAGGCGAUACGAACAAGCUGAUACAAACAGCAAUCUGACGAUCAUUUAAAAAAAUACAGAUGCUACCUUAGGACGUUCAUCUUUGUAUGUAACUGAAUGUAACUCUGCUGUGAAUAAAACAAAACAAAAUGGAGACCAGGGUUCAUUCGGUAUGGUGGGAAACAUGAGGGAACGAACAACAGAAGCAUGUAACUGUGCGGUUCAAACGUUGCAUCCAGAAUAAAUUAUAAAUAUGUUGAUGUAACCAAAUUACUAUAUUAAACAAUUCUAUUUUUUUCAUGAUAUAAUGCUUAGACGAGUACAAUAUAAUACUCCUUUGAGCACAUCUGUUGUAGUUUUAGUGCCAUGGAAAAAGAGUUUCAUAUUGGCCCAACAAGUGACACAGAUCCAACUUUGCAGCCUGAUAGCAUGACUGUACCCCGAUGAGAUUUGGAUGUAAACUUUUCUGAUCAUUCUUGUACUGUGAUUGAAAAGCCCUCUCGACGUUGUGUAGUACACAAACAUUCCUCCUUUUCAUAACCUCUGUGUCAUGCUGCAUCUUACUGUGUGUGUUACCUUCGUUCACGAGCAGUGUGGAUUCACUGUUGUCACUGUACUUUGCAAGCUGAGUUGUGUGUAUUUGUUAUGUAUAAAAUCAGUAUUUCCUCUGCCCUUGAAGACCAUGAAACACAAUAAAAUGAAAAGAGAAUUCAGGAUUAUUAAAACCACUGCUUUCUUUAUUCUUUGUUCUCUUCAAGAACUCAGCAGCUGGCAUGUUGUGAUAAGUUCUCACUGCUCAGGGUGUUUAUUUUUUAUUGCAAAGAUUUCAAGAUUUUAUCAGCAUUUGUCAAAUUUAUCUGAGGUUCAAAUAUGAAAACAGCUGACAAAUAUAUUACAGUAUUUCCAACAAGAGCCGACAAUAAACCUACCUGCCAUGUCUUUUUUUCCUCCAUUGAUAAAGAAUAAUAUGGUAAACUA